AUGAAGAGAAUUGUUUGUUUUCUCACUAUUCUAAUCUUAGUUUCAUCAAUAUCAUGUGAAUCGAAGAAAAAGAAAGUGGUGAUAGUACCUGGCUCAAAAGAAAUGUAUCCUGAUUUGAAGUUGGUAGAAGGCCCAACAACAGUUGAAGAUGAUUUUUGUUACGAUUGUGUACGUGUUCGUUGUAUGCGAAGGGGUAGACAUUUUCUUAGUUGUAAAGGGCCUAAAGGCUUUCUUUGUCGUUGUUAUUUUCCACCCAUACGUGGCCGGUGCUAGGUCCGUAGUUGCAAAAACUUUGUCAUUGUUAUACCUAGUUUUAUGAUGGUUAUUAAUCAUUUAUAUUAUUAAUUAAAUAUAUAGUUUUAAUAUUUUAU